GCAUUCCUCGCUGCUCGUCGAACAAUGGUUUGCCUCUGGACACGUGUUUGACGACAUCGCGUGCACUGUAAAAUUCACGGCCCGAAUCCAGACUACAGGUGGCGAAAGGUUGUUACAUAUAGAAUCGCACGCUCCGUCGAAUAUGACACGACUGAUCGUAAUAAUUUGCAUCCUCGUGGGAUCUCUCGGUGUCAACGCGCUCCCUCGGAAUUCGGACAAUUACGAAGAUAUGUCCUUUUGGCUCAAGUCGGGGCAACAGAUACUUCGAGAAAAUCUGGCUUACCGGAACAACGAAAACCGUGCGAAGAAUGUUAUAAUAUUCAUCGGAGAUGGCAUGGGAAUAUCUACGAUCACAGCCGGUCGUAUAUUCAAAGGCCAAGCCAAGGGUACGACCGGUGAAGAAUACAAACUGGCUUUCGAGAAGUUCCCCAACACCGGAUUUGCUAAGACGUACAACACCGACAAACAAGUACCUGACUCGGCUGGAACAGCUACUGCGAUAUUUUCCGGUGUCAAGAGCCGUUAUAGCAUGAUUGGUUUAGACACUAAAGCAAAGUACGACCAUUGCGACGAAACGAUAAAUCAAGCGAGCAAACUAACCACGAUCGCAGACUGGGCACAACAAACUGGCAUGGACACUGGAUUCGUAACUACAACUCGUAUCACGCAUGCUACGCCUGCCUCGUUGUACGCGCAUGUCAAUAAUCGCGAUUGGGAGUGCGAUACCGCGAUUCCAAGACGAUACAAGGACUGUGUGAAGGAUAUAGCGAGACAAUUGGUCGAGGACGCCCCCGGAAACAAGUUUCAAGUGAUGAUGGGCGGUGGCGCGCAACAUAUGGGUUUGCCCACCAACGAUCCAACCGAUUCCGACACAUGCAUCAGAGGAGACGGUCAAAAUUUGGCGGAACAAUGGAUUCGAAACAAUCCCGAGGGAAAACUGGUGAUCAAUACCGAUCAGCUGUUGUCCAUCGAUAUCGCUAAUACGUCGAAAAUUCUCGGUGUUUUCGCUGCGAGUCAUCUUCCGUAUCAUGCACUGAAGACGGACAAAGUACCUAGCCUAGCCAAUAUGACUACGCAAGCCAUUAGAUUACUUCGAAAAAACAAAAACGGCUUUCUCUUAAUGGUUGAGAGUGGCAAAAUAGAUAUAGCUCAUCAUAACAACUACGCGAAAUUAGCGUUACGAGAAGUUUCGGAGCUCGAGGAAGCGAUACUAGCUGCCAUGCAACAAGUCUCGCCGGAGGAAACCCUGAUGAUCGUUACCGCCGAUCAUUCGCAUUCAUUUACGAUCAAUGGCUACCCCCAGAGGGGUAACGAUAUUCUUGGUUUCGGCAACGAUCCAAACAAACCGAAGGCUGAGAGCUACGAAACGCUCACAUACGCCAACGGUCCGGGUUUCUUUUAUCAUAGACGCAACGACAGCAACCACGUCAAUGAAACUUGGAGAGACGUUGUUCAAGAUAAAAGCCGUGACGAACCCUUCUACGUGCAUAUGGCUGCUAGAUACAUGAAGUCCGAAACACAUGGUGGUGAAGACGUCGGAGUUUAUGCAGUGGGUCCGUAUGCCCACUUGUUUCGCGGUACAUUCGAACAAAAUUACAUCGCGCACGUGAUAGCGUAUGCAGCAUGCUUCAACAAUUGGCCAUCUCAUUGCGACGAUGCGUACAACCGUUAUUUUUACGAACUGUCCAAUUUCGGAACUACAGUCACAAACUCCUCGCUUUUGUCCCUGUUAUCGAUCGCGUUUCUUUUAAUGUUUGCUCAGUUCUAAUUGUUCACGAUUCGCGACAACAACCCGAGUGUCCUUCUUUCCUUCUUUCCUCCUUUUCCCCUUUUCCCCCUUUUCCCCCUUUUCCCCCUUUUCCUUUUUUCCUUCUUUUCUUCCUAUUCUAUAUUUUCUCCAUUUUCUCAUACCUUUAAUACAUUUCGUGCCAUUUCUUUCUUACACUUCUUCUAUUAUUCAUCCGUACUCGUACGAUCACACACGUUCGACAUUGCAAACUCAUUCAUUUUCUUUUCGCUCUAGGCUCGAAUAAACUUCUAAUCGUAUUCGUAACGGUAAAACAUACCGAUUACGCAACAUUAAGAUAAAUAACUCACUGUAAAUAACUCGCACGAUUCAUCUUAAUCGUUAGUUAGUGCAACGCUCGAUUCGAAAUAUCAUGUUGUAUUUAUCAAUCUGUACAGAAGAACUACAGGAUCUCGCGCUCGCGGACGCGUACAUAUGUAUACAUACACUGUAUGGACAACAAUUCACAAUUAAUUGUACAGGGAAAAGUAUCGAAAAAAUAUUACACAAGGUCGAUUGUUUAAUAUAAUGUAAUAAUUUCCUGUAUAAC